AUGGAAACAUGCUACGGGAUAUUUUCUUUAAGAAUAAAAAAUUUUGGGGACUAUAAUGUGAAAAGCAGAAAAAAAAGUUUUGCUUCUUUGAUGAGAAAGGAGAAGAAGAAGAACCUCAUAAAUGGCUUAAAAAUUUUCGGAUCUCUUAAUGUGCUCUUUCUUUUCCUUCUAAUUUGUGUACUCCAAGCAGAACCAAGACAAAAGGAUAACAUUAGAAGGACGAGAAAAAUGGCGGAGAGUUAUGAAGACUUAUCUGAUAUGAGUGAUGGAUCAUGUUAUACCAUAGGAUCUGAAGAAUCAGAAGAUGAAAAUGAACAGAAUGAGUGUAGCUUCAUAGAUAGCUCAUACGAUUUUCCAAUCCAUAUGGAUGAUAUGGAAAUUGUGUAUGCAGAUAUGUGGAGAAGAAAGGAAUGGAUGAUGAGAAGAGGAAACUACAAGUCUAUGUAUCCAUAUGAAGCACAACCUUAUGGUUGUAAAGAUUCUGAUUUGCUAAGAGAAUAUUCGGAAGAAGAAAUAAAUGAAAGAAUUAAAAUUUUGGAUGACACUGUAAGUGUUAAUGAAAUGUUUAUCAUUUGGAGUAAUGUACAUAGACAGGAAAGAAAAAAAUAUAUUCAUAUGCAAGAAAAAGCAAAGGAAUUUUGUGACCAUAUAGCUAGCAAUUGUCAAAUACCUGAAAGUGUUAAGACAAGGGUUUGGAUGCAUGUAUAUAGAUGUAUGACAUCUGUAUUUCUGCGUUUUGAAAAAAGGCACCAUAAACAUUUUCACAUGUUUCUUGAUCGUGGGCCAUCUGAUCCAGUUAAAUUUGUUAAUUAUAUAAAUAGAACCCGAGCUGUCUGGAGUAAGCGGAGGGUAGAAAUAAACCAUUUCUGGAGGAGAAAGAUGCGCAACUACUUCAUUGAAUACUGGAGAAGGGGUGUUAGGGAUCUUGUUAAAGCACGGAAGUGUAAUGAAUACAACGAGGGUUCUGGUGGUGCCGUAAGACAUCGUAGAUAUGUCUGA